AUGUCUGAAAAGAAUGAAAUAAAUGGAAGUAGUUCAUCUUCAAAUAACUUAUAUUUAGAUAAACCAUGUACAAAGAAAGAAUUAUAUGAAUCUCUUAAUAAAAUUCAAUCUAAUAUUGAUUAUAAUCAAUUAAAUGAUAUUAUUAAAAGAACAUUUAGUGAAUUGGAUAAAUAUUUACGUGAAAUUGCUCACGAUGAUAGUGGAUCUGUUUGUAUAGCAUCAUUAAUUGGUCCAAAUGAUAUUUAUUUAAUUAAUAUAGGAGAUUCUCGUGGAAUAAUUAUAUCAAAAGAUGGACAAGUUUUAUCAUCUACAAAAGAUCAUAAACUAACUGUUCGAAAAGAACAACAACGUAUACGUCGAGCAGGUGGUCAAAUAACAAAAGCUACUAAUGAUGUAUUACGUGUUGAAAAUCAACUUGCUAUGACACGUGCAUUAGGUGAUUAUUCAUUAGAUAAACAUAUUAUACCAGCUUUACCUGAUAUAAUUCAAUAUCGAAGAGAUUCAUCAGCAUCAUUUGUUAUAAUUGCUUCGGAUGGAAUUUGGGAUGUUAUCAAUAAUGAACAAGUUGCAUUAUUUGUUUCUCAACGAGCAUCAAAUAAAAGUUUAUCUGAAAUAAUAUCAGAUUUAUUUGAUAAAUGUUUACAAGAAGAAUCUUCUGAUAAUAUGACUGCUUUUAUCAUUAAACUAGAUUAA